AUGGAGGCCCUGGAAGAAGAUGAACUCUGCUUUCCCCAACUCAACAACUCCUGCAGAAAGACAAUGCAUUCUCACUUGGAGGCCACACUGAUUUACAGUCUGCUGUCCUUCAUCACUCUGCUCACUGUGGUUCUGAACCUGCUGGUCAUCAUCUCUAUCUCCCACUUCAGGCAGCUCCACACCACCACCAACCUCCUCCUCCUCUCUCUGGCUGUCGCAGACUUCCUUGUUGGUCUCCUGCAGAUGCCAGGUGAAAUCCUCCUUUUCCGAGGCUGCUGGAUCCUUGGUGACUUUUUAUGUGCUGUGAAUUACUUUUUAGGUUACCUCACUGUCAGUGUUUCAGUAGGAAACAUGGUGCUCAUAUCAAUUGACCGCUAUAUGGCAAUUUGUGACCCCAUGUUUUACAACACCAAAGUCACUCUGAGAAGAGUUCAAUACUGUGUUUAUCUGUGUUGGAUAUUUUCUGUUGUGCACAGCGCUUGGAUACUGAGGGAUUUCUUAAAACAACCCGACAGGUAUAACACCUGUUAUGGAGAGUGUGUAGUCGUACUUACUUAUCUUGAAACAGCUGCAGAUCUUCUUUUUACCUUUUUAGGCCCCAUUGUUGUCAUCACAAUUUUGUAUCUGAGAGUAUUUGUGGUGGCUGUGUCUCAGGCUCGUGCCAUGCGCUCUCACAUUGCAGCUGUCACACUUCAGCAUUCAGAGACUGUGAAAGCUAAGAAAUCUGAAUUGAAAGCAGCCAGGACUCUUGGUGUCGUUAUAGUUGCAUUUCUUCUGUGCAACAGCCCAUAUUAUUGUUUCAUUGUUGCGAUUGAGAACAACUUGAUUGGGGUAUCAACUGCAGGCAUUGAGAUUUGGCUGUUGUAUUUCAACUCCUGUGUAAACCCUGUGAUCUAUGUGUUUUUCUACCCCUGGUUCAGAAAAUCUAUUAAACACAUUGUUACACUUCAGAUUCUGCAGCCUGGCUCCAGUCAGGCCAAUUUAAUGUAG